AUGGCUCGCACCGACAGUCAAUAUGGCCGCGAGCCGAGGGUUCCGUCUGCUAAGGGUCGAAUCUCUACUGAUUCUAUGAAAUCGUGGUCUAAGAAAGACACCGGUUCUAAAACAAAGUUAACAAAGGACCGGUCAUGGGUCGCAGAGGACCCCGGGCUGGUCCCGUCCCGUCCACUUGGAAACGAUUUCCAUGAACCAGUUCCCUUCCCCGAGUAUUCCGAUAUACAAACACCGGGUUCCAAAGACCGCGACGCGGAUUCAAUCAGAAACCUCCCAAAUAUGACCCCAAGCGAUCCAUGGAGUCCAACACCCAAUGAAUCGUCCGAUGCGCUUGAUUAUCGCUCCAAGAGCAAGCAGAUGAAACCCAAAGUUCAUAUUAAACCAAUGCUUCGCAAGAUGUCUCGCGAUGAUGCGCCUACUGCCUCUAUUGAUCUCUCUCGCUCAUCGACUGAACAGGAGGGGUUGGGGAUUUACAUGAACAUGGAAAGAGACCGGCGCCGAAGCGAUUUUCAGCCGGAACAGGGUCGAGCGGAGGAAGAUCGGGAUCGCAAUACGUUUAUCCUAUGCGCCCAACCCCCAAAGUAUACACCCCCCCCACUGAGUGAAUCCUACCACAACUCGGGGAACGAGAGCGAUGAACUGGAAGACGAUGGUCUAGAAAGUGAUCCCAGAGCUUUGUCCACGGAAACCAACCGAUAUGUCCGAGCCUCAUCCGGGCCAGUCCCACGAGCAUCAUUGCAAAUCGAAGACGAAUCAUUCACUCGUCUCCCAGGGGCGUCGCAAACCAAUAUCUCUGGUCGUCCUUCCUUUGGCUACUCACGAGACAAUGGGAGCACGUAUGAACAUAACUCGAUUGGCCGGAAUUCUCUUGACAUUGUUUUUCGCUCUCGAACUCGCAACAGCACGGAUCCAAUCACCCGAGCAGCUACAGUCCAGGCUGCCCGACAGGCCUUUGAGGAGAAGGAGGCUGCCAAGACUCGCCGGAUCGAGAAGCAGCAGCUGAAGGCUGAAGAACGCCAAUCCCGUCGCCACCUGAAGCGUCAAGCAUCGGAAGGGCCGGAGAUACCCACGUUGCAUUCCACUGAGGAGAUUUCGGAAAAGCCAAAGCCUCCAGGUGCUAAGCCGGCAGCCUCAGGUCAGCAGAAUCAAUCGGCAUCGUGGAAAUCCCAAUCUAAGAGUACCUGGGUACUCUUCAUGACGUGGCUUCGAACCCGAGUGUUCAAGUUUCGUCGAAAGCUGCGCAAGAUGACCUGA